CCGACCGAUAACUGUGUAUGGGCCGUAUUUACACCACAUUCGCGCACAUCUUUAAUUGGAACAUCACGACUUUCUUGCUCGGUUGAACCCCAAAUCAUACCGACCCUAGAUGCUUAUUGUUUAUGAAAGAGACUCCAGCGACACUGGCAAAGUCCAGCUGUGGAUGAACGCCGUGGAUUCGCUGAAAUCCCGGCUGGACAAGAAGAAAGAGGAGCGGAGGAGGAUGCGGGCACUGCUGAAGGAACGGAUCAGGACGGCGCUGUACGAGGAGCACAGCGUGACGGCGGAAAAAGCCAGCACCCUCAGGAGGCUGUUCCAGGGGAAGCGGAAGGGCAAGGGGGGCAAAAAGAAAAGACCGGUGACCCCGUCUGUCCUCCCGGAGACCCAGAAGCCUCAACGUAGCGAGUUGGACUUCAGCUACCAGGACAGGUCCGCAGUGGAGGCGACGAGCUCGGACGAGCCCUACAACCCCAGCGAGUUUACUGACAGGCGGAAGGGCAGGGACCUGGUCACCGUGUCCGACCUGGAGCAGCUGAAGGAGGAGGAUGACCACGCAGGGCGCCCCGUGUCCAACCACGCAGACGCCGGCGAGCUCAGCGACGUGCGGGUAGACACCCCCACCACCGACAGCACGCACACCGACACAGAAUCCGGCUGGAAAUCCUGGAUGACCGCGUUGAAAAGGUUCCUACCUGUAUUCCUCAGAGCGGGGGGAGUGGGGAAGACACCAACAGAGAGGGAGGGGAGUAGAGGGGUUUCGGACAGCAGAAAAGUGGGGGGGGGACAUUAA